ACUAUUCACGAUCAGUGUAAAAAAAAAGCUGUUCGUUUUUGUACUUUGAAAUAUUACAUUUUUGCACGGGUGGAAAGGACGAUGGCCGAACCAAAAAACAUUGACCCUGAAUUAGUGACAUGUAGGUUUAAGUGCUGCAAUAUCUUAACCGAAGUUGGUGACAUCAAAAUAAGCUGCCAGAUGAUAAAAAUGAAAGACAGCUACUAUAUUUGGGUUGGUGACUUCGGCGAUGGCGUAAUGAACGACCUUUCCCUAGCUUUGAUCUCUAAUUACCAGAAGGUACCAAUUUCCACAAAGUUGUUGGGAUCUGCUAUCGAUUCGACAUCAAACAACAUAGCUGGACGAUUGGCAACGAAACUGGGGAAACCAGUCUACGUUAGCUUCAACAUCAAGACUGACAAGUUGUCGUUGCCAGCAAUAGAGAAGAAACUUUCACAUGAAAUGAGCAAUGGCCUUGCCCAUCUUGAGAAAUGAAGCGACUGUCCAACGUCUUCUAAUGCUAAUGCUAGACUUCGAUCAUGCCCCUACUUGGAUAACCCAAGUGGUUAGAUGGUAAGCGAUAAAAACCCAUGAAACAAUAAACAUGUUUCGACGUGAGAUGUUGAACAAUAAUUCUAAUUCAGCUUUUGAAUUCAACCAUUUUCUCAUAACACAUUUACUGUUUCCAAAAUAUCAUUGAUCCUUAUUCGUGCUUUUUGU